AUGGAGCUAUGCAAGCACAUAGCCUCGCGGAAUUACAAAGCUACCUUCAUCAUCUUCUCGCAUCUGUCCUCUUCCAUUCACUCCUCUUUCCAUGAGAACCCUCUGAUUGAAGUUGUGGAGGUGCCAUGUGCUUCCCCAAGGCCUGGCUUACCGGUUCACAAACAGGCUGAGACCUACAAUGAGUUGGCACAAGUGCUUGAGGCCUUCCUCUCGAGCCCUCAUCUGCAAAUGCCAACAUGUGCAGUGGUCAAUGUGUUCAUGCUAUUGGGGUGGACCAAGAAAAUAUUCCAAAGAUAUGGGAUUCCAACUGUUGCCCUUUUCACCUCUGGUGCAUGCUCACCCUCCAUGGAGUAUGCUUCAUGGAAUGCCCACCCAGAAGACCUCGGGCCUGGGGAUGUCCGUUUGCUCCGCGGGCUGCCCCACGAGAUGGGCCUGACCCAAUUGAACAUCAAGAGAAGGCCCUUUGGGCCUAUGUUGGCAAAGGGGACGACCACAGCCCCAAAGCCUUCGGAGAAUAGUGGGCCGUUUCCGCGGAAGAUGGGCCCGCCAGGGCCUGGGGAGAAGCCCGAUUGGGUGGAGGACGUGGAGGGAGCUAUCGGGCUCGUGUUCAACACGUUCGAUGAUCUUGAGCACCCAUUUCUCGACUAUCUGGCAAAUCAAUUCAAGAAACCGGCCUGGGGAGUGGGCCCGCUCUUGCCCGAGACGUACUGGAAGUCUGACGAUGGCUUCUUGGUCACUGACGGUGAAGUCAGGGGGAACGGACAAUCCGACAUCACCGAGGACAACGUCGCCAGAUGGCUAGACUCGAAACCGCGUGGCUCGGUGCUUUACAUAUCCUUUGGUAGUACUCUGAGCUUAACCCCGGAGGAAACUAGUGGACUGGCAGAUGCAUUAGCAGAGUCUCCAUGGCCAUUCAUUUGGGUGGUCCAGCCCAAUUCAGGCGGGCCUACGCCUGGGCACUUCCCAAAUGGGAUGGACGACAGAGUGGGCGACCGGGGCUUGAUAAUAGCCGGAUGGGCACCGCAGUUGUUGAUCCUGAGCCAUCCAUCAACUGGUGGCUUCCUAUCACAUUGUGGGUGGAAUUCUAUUAUUGAGUCCAUCUUGAAGGGGGUCCCGUUCCUGGCAUGCCCGAUUAGAGGCGACCAAUACGACAACGCUAGGUGGGUCGCGGAGCACUUGAAGGUUGGGUAUAAGGUCUGUGAGGACCCGUCACAGUUUGUCAAGAAGAGUGAUUUCGUGAAGGGAAUUGAGAGGCUAAUGGCGGAUAAAGAUGUUAAGAACAGAGCUAUGGAGCUCCAGUCUCGGUUUGGGCAUAGUUUUCCGGCAAGCUCAAGUGCUGCUCUGGAUGCUCUGUUAAAAGGAGGCUAG